AAGGAGGAUGUAGAUCCUAAGUUAAAAACACUAGUUAUCCAAGUGAAUUUUACCAGAGGUACUCAAGACACUAUUGUAGAGGUACAUUUCUGGAAUUUUGGAGUUUUGUUUAUCGACUUAUAGGGUUUCUAACAUUGAAAAACUUGGUUUUUAAGGCAUUUUUCAGUAUUUUCCCUAUAACUCGACCAAGAAAGGUCUCAAAACAAUUUCCCACAAAUUUACGUCUGUGGAAUGCCCUUGAGUACCGAGGGUAAAAUGUUUAACUCGAUCGGAUGCAAUUUAAUGCGAGUCAUAAUACGGCACAAUCAAAAACUGACGAACAACCGUAGUUGAAAACUUGAAACAAAAACCAAAAAGUGCUCUAUUGAGUUUCCAAUCAGUUCUGAAAGUACAAAGCCGCUUUAGUUUUUAUUGUACAGCAUUUCUACGCAAAGCCCCAAAAGAGGGAAGGUGUACCCUUAAGAAGGCUCUUUGAUCAAACGCUGCUGGAAUACCAGUCCACUUUGUCCAAAAAGGAGUAAAAGGAGAUCAAAGCAGGAGAAAAUUUUAUUUUGGAGGAAUUAGGAGGAAAGGAGUACGAUGCCAGGGUUAAUCACAUAAUGAACGGGUUUAUCACUCAUGGUAGACGUAGAUGAUAUUUUUUAUAAAUGAUUACUGUAAUGAGCAAGGUUUACUAAGCCAUAUGCAAACUGUGCAUAAGCCAAAAACAGCAACGACGCCGAAAUCUCAGACAAAUGGAGAACAAAGACAUCAUGAAUAUAACAUGUCUGAACAAGAUGAACAACAAAUGGAUAGAAGUACAUCAACCAUUGGUGCAGAUGAACAAAAACCCGCUAUAUCAUCCACUAAUGGCUCUGUGAAUUAG